UCAAAUUUCAAAUUCAUUCAUUUUUUCAAUUUUGUCUUUACAAAAUUGCCGGUGCUAAAGUUUACGUACCAAAUAAUUAAUCUAUUUAAUAUUUAAAAAUGUCCGUGCAAAGUGUGUUGAUAGAUUUUUCCUUAGAUUCAGCUCGUUUGGCUGAUGAAAGUGGUCAAAAAUCUGUAUUUGAACAGUUGCAAACAAUGCUGAAAGAGUACCUUCCUAAUCUUUUAUUAGCCGCUGAAAUUAGUCUAGAUGGUGGAUCCCUGAAAAUUUUAACUGGAAUGAAAGGUGUUACAGUCUCUAUAAGAUUGUUUGACCGAGGUUUGGUUACUAUAAAUGUUGAAUAUUACAAAGACGACAGCGAAGAUCCAUUAAUCACUUUCAAGUCAGCUAAAGAAUUGGAAAGUAAGCUGAAAAAAAAUAUCAAAGGAUUGAAAUCACAGGCAUUACCACCAUUAAAAAGAUGCCUAUUUGGUAGAUAUCUUCCAUCAUCAGAUGAAAGGCUACUUGAGUAUGACAUUGAUGCAACUCUAUUUGAUGAGGUGUCACCAUUCCAAAGAGUGCAAAUUGUGCACUCCAAGAUACUUGGCAAUAUGUUAGUACUGGAUGAUCUACAGAAUAUUUCGGAAGCGGAUCUCGUUUACACAGAAACAUUAAUGCAAAGAGGCAAAGAGAGUUACGAGGGAAAAGAAAUCGUUAUUCUCGGUGGCGGUGACGGUGCUCUGCUGUACGAACUGCUGAAGGAGAAACCUCGCUAUGUCUGGAUGCUGGAGAUAGAUGAGAUGGUGAUGAGGGCGUGUAACAAGCAUCUUAACUCCAUCUGCGGAGAUGUGCUCGAACGGCGGAAGGGGUCCAACUAUGAGAUAAUAGUCGAAGAUUGUAUGUUAACUGUUAAGAAGUUUAUAAAGGAAAACAAGAAGGUAGAUUAUAUCUUCGGCGACCUCACUGACAUACCGAUCUCUGAUGCUCCUUGCGGGGAACUCUGGGAGUUCAUGAUCAACAUUUUGAACUCGGCGUUUAAAAUACUGAAGCCGACUGGGAAGUUUAUGACUCACGGUAAUGGGGCCACGUCUUCGGAUUCCUUGGAGAUGUAUGAACAAGUGCUGAUGAAAAUGAAGCCAUCUGUCACAUUCUCCAAGACCAAAGCCUUUGUGCCUUCGUUCUAUGAGGACUGGAUAUUCUACCAGAUAGGAUUCACACAAGAAUAACACGUAAUAUGGAAUUGUGUAUUAACUUACUUGCGGGUACUUACACAAACAGCACUAAAAAAGGGUAGGCGAAAAGUUUUGAGAAAUCUUUAUAUCCGGUCCGUAUUUGAAAAUUAAUGUUUUAAAAUAUUAAGAUUCAAAAACAAUUUCACAUUUAUAACAUUAAUUAGUAACAAAACACAUCUCAUACAAAGAAGGGUUCCUAUAUAAAACGGUUCGUCGCUGAAUCGUUCCUAUUAUCCCUUAACAUUCUAAACCAAACAAUUGUGUUUUGUACCAAUAUUAGUUUAAGACUUCACGUUUGCCUCGACCAAAUAGUUUUGAUACAUUUUACCUUAGGUUGUAACACUACUGUUUAUAAGGGUUUUAUAAUGCUAUUACCAAACAUCCACUAGAAGCUAUAAAUUAGGUAAAAAGGAUAAAAAUUAUUUAGAGAAAACAAAUACUGACACCGGUUCCAAAAAUGUACCCAACUGUUGGACGAAAAAAACAAUUUUGUCAUUCCAGUAAAAGAAAAAAAAUCUUAAUUACACAAACAGACGUUAAGUGUAAAACAGGUCACACACACACGCAUGUAUUGAGUCUGUUGUGUUGCCAGCGACGCCAUAUCUAGAAACCCUUUAUACCAAAGAUUAGUUCAACUGGACCAUUUUAACUGUAGUACUAAUCUGUCUCUUUUCGUCACAACAUAAACAAUGUGAGAGAAAGAGACAAGUAUUUGAGUUAGUUUCGUUUUAAUGGAUAAGGUACUUUUAUGUCUCAUAUGUAUUAAACUCGCAGCGGUAUGUCAGCUGUAUAAGUCUAAUUCUAAAACGACUUAAGGAAACCGGUAUGUUUAAGGAUUGUUUGCUAGUAUUACAGUCUUAUGUCAAAAACUUGACAGACGGAAGUCAGUCUUUGACGUAAAUCUCGACUCGACUUCUCGUCAAACGUCAUAUUUUAAUUUUCCACGGUGUCAUUAAAGUCAUUUCAAAUAAUACUAUACAUCGGAGUUCUUAAUCUACUAAUAUACUACUAUAAAUAGGUAUAUUUUUAUAUGAUUUUAACUAAAAAAUUACUGGGCUUAUCUCAAAAUUCUUCAACCACUAGAAUUCCACUAUUCAGAGGCUAUAUUUAUUUCGAGAAUAUUUAACAAAAAGUGUCCAGUCAUGACAAGUUAAGAUUAACCAAACACUAUAGCAGCGGCACGUAAGUCUAGCGCUGGCCGAUACGUGGAGGGGAUUGCUGCGCAUGUGUACUGUCGCGCACGCAAUACAUUAUAUGCCACUUUGAUUAAUGAUUACCUAAAUAACGAUAUUAAAGCUGAACGAAAUGUGAAGGAUAGCUGCUGCGCAUGUGUACUGUCGCGCACGCAAUACAUUAUAUGCCACUUUGAUUAAUGAUUACCUAAAUAACGAUAUUAAGCUGAACGAAAUGUGAAGGAUAGCUGCUGCGCAUGUGUACUGUCGCGCACGCAAUACAUUAUAUGAGUCGACUAUUAACAAAGGCGGCCAUCUCACUUUUGACAGAUUUAUGGCAAACUCGAAAAAAUGUGUAUUGCAUACCAUAGAGUAUUAUAUGAAUGAAAAAAUAUGUUUUACAAUAUAUGGCAAUACUAGCGAUUUCAUCAAAAUUUG